UAAGAAAUGACUGCAGUUGAUUUUUAACUAAACGAUUUCUCUCACUAUUGAAUGACUGUAUCGCACAAUUUUCAUGAACCGGUAUGUGCGUGAAAGGUUGAGACCGCGUAAUAAAAUAGUUCGGUGAAUAACCAUGCAUUUAUAACAAUAUGAGCCUUUAAAAAUUUUCAAAAAAUCUUAUUGAGCUUAAAGAUUUAUUUACUUAUAUGUUUGUUGGAUAGCGUAAUUAGUUAUAUUAGCUUAAUAUUAUAUUAGUUGACCUCUACGCGUAUGCUCUGUGCAUGAUGGCAAAUCCGGCAUAGGUUGCUUUCAGGUACUGUAACGACGUGUUCUGCCGUCUGAAUGGAUUAGAUUUCGGCAAAAUUUUUAAAAUCAACCGGUUCUCUCAAAUCUAUAAAUUUGUAAAUAUAUUGAAACAUUUUCUUCUGCCAGAUCUUGAGUUUCUAUUUAUUUUCCAAUAAUUGUGAAUGAAAAUGGCGCUUUUUAGAGUGUUUGCUAAUCGUUUCAUCGCUCAAUCUCAGAGCAUUGCCCCUUUGUCAGCGUUAACAAGGAAUAUUACCAGCGACAGUACAGACUUGAAAGGAAUUAUGGCUAAGAAGAUAAUUGAACAUCAGAAGAAUGUGAAAAAGUUUCGAGAAAUGUAUGGUAGUAAAGUUAUUGGAGAAAUUAAUAUCGAUCAAAUCUAUGGUGGUAUGAGAGGUAUGAAAGGUUUAGUGACUGAAACUUCUUACCUUGAUCCUGAAGAAGGCAUCCGAUUCCGAGAUCUAACCAUUCCAGACUGUCAAGAACAAUUACCCAGUGCCCCUGGUGGGGAGGAACCUCUUCCAGAAGGUCUAUUCUGGUUACUCAUGACUGGUGACGUUCCUACAGAGAACCAGGUUAAGUCACUGUCUAAACAAUGGGCUGACCUUGCGGAUCUACCUUCUCAUGUUGUCACCAUGUUAAAUAAUUUCCCAUCAAAUUUACAUCCUAUGUCUCAAUUUAGUGCUGCAAUCACAGCUUGCAAUACAGAGAGUAAAUUUGCUAAAGCAUACAGUGAAGGAGUUUCAAAAGCUAAAUACUGGGAGCUAACCUUUGAUGACGCAAUGAGUCUCAUUGCAAAACUUCCACCGAUAGCUGCAACUAUUUAUAGAAAUCUAUAUCGUGAUGCCACCAGCAUCGGAGCAAUCGAUAUGAACAAAGAUUGGUCUCAUAACUUCGCAUCGAUGCUCGGUUAUGAAGAUGCUCAGUUUACAGAGCUUAUGCGCCUGUACCUGACUAUACACAGUGAUCAUGAAGGUGGCAAUGUAAGUGCUCAUACUGUUCAUCUAGUUGGAAGUGCACUCUCUGAUCCAUACCUUUCUUUCUCUGCUGGCAUGAACGGUUUAGCUGGUCCUCUCCAUGGUCUUGCAAAUCAAGAAGUGCUUGUUUGGUUAACGAAACUACAGAAAGAACUUGGUGGAGAUUUCACCGAAGAGAGAUUAAAGGAAUUUGUUUGGAAAACAUUAAAAUCUGGACAGGUAAUUCCUGGAUAUGGACAUGCUGUUUUGAGGAAAACUGACCCCCGUUAUGUAGCUCAAAGAGAGUUUGCCCUCAAGCACUUGCCUAAUGAUCCAAUGUUUAAAUUGGUAUCCACAAUUUACAAAGUUGUGCCUCCUAUUUUGUUGGAAUUGGGAAAAGUGAAAAAUCCCUGGCCUAAUGUUGAUGCUCACAGUGGUGUACUGCUGCAGUACUAUGGAAUGUCUGAAAUGCAGUUCUACACUGUUCUCUUUGGUGUUUCUCGUGCUCUUGGUGUCAUGGCAUCUUUAGUUUGGGACAGAGGACUUGGCCUUCCAUUGGAGAGGCCAAAAUCCAUGACAACCGAUGGCCUCCAAAAACUUGUUGGAGCUGUUUAAACAGUAAACAAUAUUUAGGAAUUUCAAGCACACCACUUCACUAAAAACAGAAUAGUUGCGAUUCCAUAAAGCAGGUUUUUUUUAAAAACUCAUCGCUACCUAGGUGGCAAACUGCUUGUGAUAGUUGUUGGUUAGUUGUCAUUGUCUCUGGGGGAAAAAAAAAUCAUGUAUGAAAUAAUGCAUUUCUUUUUAUCUCAUCAAAAAUAGGUUUUAUUAUUAAAAUUUUUGAGAUUCUGUGCAGACACUUCUGUCUUAUUAAUAAAAUUUGUCUUCUAAUGUAAACAAAUAUGUGUAAUCAGACUUUGGCAUGACCAACAGUUUUUGUGUUUGUUAAAAAAUGUUUUGUGAUAUGUAGAGUGUUGUGGUGUAUAAAUAAAAAUGUGGUGUCGGAAGAAGUCUGAAUAUAAAAAAAAUCUAGAUACAUUUUUACAAAAAAAGGUCUUAAUUUAAGCAAAUUAUGUUAAUGCCAGCAGUAGUUCUACACGUUGUCACUUGGUAUGAUGCACUUGUACCUGAGAACUUUUAUUAAUAAAAUAAUAUAUUGUCAUUUGA